AUAUCAUUGCUGUUCUUCACUUCAUUCAUCUUCAUCCCAUUUGUGCAGUAGAAAGAUGGGUUUGGCAAUAUCUGAUGAAUUGCUGGGAACUUUUGUUCCCAUCUUAGUUUACUGGGUUUAUUCAGCUAUAAACAUGGCUUUUGGGUCCUUACACAACUACAGAUUGCAUUCAAGAAAAGACGAGGAAGACAAGAAUUUGGUGUCCAAAUCAAAUGUCAUCAAAAAUGUUCUUUUCCAGCAAACCAUUCAGGCUACUCUCGCCAUCUUUCUGUAUAAGGUGAUAGGGAAUGAAGGUGGAGGAGCUUCCAAAAGUCAAUCAAUUUCCCCAACUAUUAUGGCCAGACAAUUUAUACUCGCAAUGUUCGUAUUGGAUACAUGGCAAUAUUUCAUGCACAGAUACUUCCACCACAACAAGUUCUUGUACCGACGCUUCCAUUCUCACCACCAUAGACUUGUCGUCCCCUACGCCUUUGGAGCAAUCUACAACCACCCGCUGGAGGCUUUCGUCUUCGACAUAAUCGGUGGUGCGUUGUCGUAUUCGAUAUCCGGCAUGUCCCCUCGAACUUCCAUAUAUUUCUUCAGUUUCGCCACCAUUAAAUCAGUGGACGACCAUAGCGGGCUAUGGCUUCCUGGGAACUUGUUCCACAUCUUCUUUAACAACAAUUCGGCUUACCAUGAUGUUCAUCAUCAUUUGUAUGGAGGCAAAUAUAAUUUCUCUCAACCGUUUUUCGUGAUGUGGGAUAGAAUUAUGGGAACACACAUGCCUUAUUCUCUUGAAAAGAGAGCCGAAGGAGGGUUUGAAGGUAGGCCUAUUAAAAUGACAAAAUGAU